UAGAGGGAGUAUUUUACAUUGUCACACCGUUUUAUCUUUUAUGCUUUUUUUGCAAAAUUGAAAAAGAAAAGGCUGAACCAACAAUGAUCCUUCAACCUCAAAUUUCUCCAAUUAUGAAACUAGUCCAAGUUGUAAUUAAACUGAACCAGCCCAAACCUAACAACACAAAAACAUCGGUCAUUGAAUCCCCACUAAUCUGACCACACGUGUGCGCACAAAAUCCAACAGUUUUUCCACUUCCACCUUUUUCAAGAUCAAAAUAAAAUGCACUUUUUACCUUUUGGCGCCCCUUUAAACAAAAUUUGCCGGGAAAAUUUAAAAUUUUACCCCCAUAGUUUCAGCCUUUCAACCCCCAAAAAAAAAAAUCCAAACUAAACAAUGUGUAUAUAAAAUUAUAAUCAACACCAUAAUCCACUGUUUUUUCAUAGACAAGAAAAUGCAAAGAUAACAAUUAUAUUAAUUAUACUCCACAGCAUCCACUUUUUUUUUACAACAGAGUUAAAAUCAAAUUAAAGACUAGAAAUAGCUCAAUUUUCCUCCAUUUUUUGCAGCUUCAAUGGCAAACCCACCCAGAACUCGUAAACGGGUUCGGGUUCCCCGCCGAGCCCCCGAUGGAAGCGCCUUUGCUAAAUGUGAUGGAUGUGGAAUUUCUGUGGCAGUAGCAUUAAUGGACAUGCAUGAGUGUAAUGUGAAGAAGGAUGUAAAGAAAUUUAAAGGGGUUGAUUCUAAACCUUCAAUUAAUGAAAAGAACAACAUUUCUGAGCAACCCAGAUCACCUUUUAUGUUUUUCAUGGAAAGCUAUUCAGAAACUUGCAAAGAUCGAGCCUUGAUUGAGAUUAAUCGUGAAGCAGUUGAAAAAUGGAAGAAGAUGACCUCUGAGGAGAAAUUGCCAUAUGUUGUUAAGGCUCGCAAAGUGGACGAGGCUUAUUCAAAAGUCCUACAUCAAGAAGAAAUUAAACUGUCUCAAGAAGGUGAUGAUGAAGCAGAAUCGGCGAAUUCCUACAAGCAUUAUAAUCGCUACGAAAACUCAGAAGAUCAUGAUCCAGAAGACGAAGGCUGGAACAAUUUGACAUGCAAAUUGCAUCGAAAUUGCUUCUGCGUCGAGGUGUCCUUUCGUGACCCUAUGUUGGAUUGGCUUAGUUGAAAUGAAGAGAAGUUUAAUCAUGCUAUUCAGAUUUUUGUAAGCUUACCAACUUUCACCAAGGCAAGUCAUUUUGGCUAUUGUAUAGUCUAGGCUAUGAUGUACAGGGUUUGAUGUCUAUAUAUUUUCUUGGCUAAUUGAUGUAGGUUUGUUGUAGUACUACUUGUAUUUUGGCUAUUUUGUGGGUGGAUUUUGGUACAAUCUUUAGCCCUUUUCAGGCAUUGCACCCACUAAAAGUUUGCCAGUAGUACUCCAUUUUGUACUUGAUCUUGUCCUUUUAACUCUUCUAGUGAGUAUUAGAAAUCUAUGAAGUAAAUUUUAUUUAUUUGCCCUAA